AUGGCGGAAAAUUUCCCGCGAAGUCUUCCAUCGGAUCAAUUGGAUUCCUUUACGGCUCUCUCUUCUGAACCUAGCUCUUCUGAGAGCUCUAGUACGAUUCUGCUAGAGCCGAAUGAGCCACCACAUAGUUUAUAUGUUUCUGAUAUAGGAAUUCAAAACCUUGGGAAUAAUUUAACCUCCACUAGAGAGCCGCUUCGAGAGAUAAACGACAACAAUACAAGUCUUGAUUGUGGUACAACUAUUGAGUGGGGUAAAAGUCUCAAAAAUAUGCCACCAUUUGGAGAGAAACAACUUGACAAUCGCCUUAUUUACAAUGCAAAGACAAUGCCUGAUGUAAAAGCGCCCUUAGCGUACAGACAUAAAAUACAAGGUUAUAAACUCUGGAAGGAAGGGUAUGUUAAAAAGGUUUUUUCUAAACCUGACAUUCUCUGUGGGGUUAAACGGCUUUUUAUGGUUAAAGCUAAUGUUUCUGCGUCAAUGAAACAACAGAACUAUUUAGUUUACUGUCAUCUGGAACAGUUAUCCGGUGAAGUAGUUUUCAGUAAAUGCAAGUGCAAAUGUGGUGAAGGUGGUGUCUGUAAACAUGUCGCCGCUCUGUUGUAUCAAUUACUCGACUACAAAAAUCUCGAACUAAAAGAGAUCCCAGAUGAUGUGACUUGUACCCAAGUGCUCCAGCAAUGGAGUAUUCCGUCCAGCUCUGGUACUACAAAAGCGGUCAAGUUUGAAGAACUAACUUUUGAGAAAGCUGAUUACACCAGAGAUAAAGAAAACAAAAGGAAGCGUCCACUGGUUCAAGGAAAACGAGAUAAUUAUUGUGCUACUCCACCAUACGCAAAAAAGGUUCAAACCGAUGAAAUAAAAGCAUUAUAUACAUCUCUGCAAAGAAAUGGUAAAGCUCAAUUAUUGUGCAAGACUUUGCUUGGCAAUAACUUUGAACCAAACAGCACUUUUCAAUCAAGCUGUACAGUUCAAAAGAAAAACCAAGAAAAAUCUAGUGAUAGUUUUAAAAGAGAUUUAUUAUUUGAAAACAUGCCACAGUUGGAUGUUCAGCCAAAUAUUUCACCUGACACAUUACAAAAAAUUGAGAACAAAGUUGGUGUUAGCAAAGACGAGGCUGUGGCCAUUGAGGUCUCAACUAGAUGUCAACGACAAAGUAAAGAUUGGUUUAAGGAGAGACAAAAAAGGUUGACAUCAUCAUUAUUUGGAAGGGUGAUCAAUCGAAGGGAGAAUAUUGCUCCUGUAUCAAUUAUAACAAGCAUAAAGAAAACAAGUUCUUCAUUGUCUAGACUGACCCCUUCAUUGAAGUGGGGAAUUGAUAAUGAACAUGUUGCUCUUGAAAUGUAUACGUCCAAGAGUGGGGAGGAAGUAGCUGAUUGUGGAUUGAUCAUCAACCCUUCCUGGCCCUGGCUUGCAUGUAGUCCAGAUGGCAUUGUUUACAGGGAAACAAAUCCAGUUGGAGCCAUCGAGAUUAAAUGCCCAUACUCAAAAAAAGAAAUGACAAUUGAAGAAUGCUGCAAAGAUUCAUCUUUUUACUUGAAGAAAAAUUCAAGUGGAGUUAUUGCACUAAAACAGUCACAUGUGUACUAUUAUCAGUGUCAAGGUGUUCUCAACAUCACAGGUUUGAAUUGGAUUGACUUUAUUGUAUACACAACAGAAGAUUUUUUUAUUCAGCGAAUACACAGAGAUAUGGAGUUGUGGAAAUCAAAAAUGCUCCCUAAGCUAACAUUUUUUUAUUCUCAGUACCUGUUGGAUUAGUUCAAGGAUUACAACAUUUCCUUUGAUGAUUGUUCUUGUAAAUGCAAUAAUGGAUACUAAUAUAGAUCACUUUAUAGAAAAAAUAUAGAACACUUAAACAAACAAU